UGUCUCUCCACCUCCCAGUCCAGGUCAAACAGAGCCGUUCUCGCGCACCGUCCACCCACACCCGCCUGUCAGCCAUGUUGUUCGUGUGACCCAGCUGUCAGCAACAGGUCCAGUUGACUAAACUAGACAUUCUUCUUGGAAUUACCUCAUUUUGCCAAUACGCGACGACUGCAUAACGCCAGGGAGACUUUCAUUGCGGACAGAAAAGUGGAGAAAGUAGUUGUUGUUUUUUGCCGGAUGAUUGUGAGAGAUGACUGCGAGCUAGCCGGCUGAGUAGAAGAACGGGAGUCCCCCCCGCCCCCUCUGCCACCUGCAGCCAUGAAUGGCGGCCGCAAUGUGUGGGCUAUCUCUCCAGAGGAGAGGGACAAACAUGAUAAACAGUUUGACACCCUCUCUCCCGCGACGGGCUUCGUCUCAGGGGAGCAGGCCAGGAAGUUCUUCCUGCAGUCGGGUCUUCCCUCCUCAGUGCUGGCAGAGAUAUGGGCCCUGGCUGACAUGAAUAAGGAUGGGAAGAUGGACAGGUUGGAGUUCUCCAUCGCUAUGAAGCUCAUUAAGCUCAAACUUCAGGGCACACCCCUUCCCUCAUCUCUACCAAUCAUCAUGAAGCAGCCGCCAGUGCCCGCCCCAUCCUCAACAGGCGCCAUGUCCUCCUCACGCUAUGGAAUGGGCUCCAUGCCAAACCUGUCGCUGAUGCCUGGAGCCAUCGCCAUGCUCACCCCCAUCCCCAUGACACCCAACUUCACAACCAUGACCCCUAACCUCUCAACCAUGACCCCUAACCUCUCAACCAUGGCCCCUGUGACUGGCCUCACUCCUAUGGUCCCAAUGGCAACAGGCAUGGUCCCCCUGGUUGCCACGUCAACAAUGCCCCUGCUGCCGUCCCUGGGCAGCCCCGCUCUCCCCAAUGGCACUAUGGGUAUCCUACAGCAACUUCCACCAGGACACAUGGGCCUGCCUCUCUCUGUGUCCUACACCUCCUCUCCUCUGGGUUUCUCUCCUGGGAUGAACAAAGCUACGUCACUGCUGGACCUAGGCUCAAGCAGUUCCAACUCUUCAUCCACCACCUCCCUGGCAGGUAGUUCUCCUAAGACGGCGCCCUCUGACUGGGCCGUGCCUCAGGCCUCGCGCCUGAAAUACAGACAGCAGUUCAACAGCCUCGACAAACACAUGACGGGAUACCUCACAGGUCAGCAGGUGAGGAAUGCCAUGGCAACCACUCUGCUCACUCAGACACAGCUGGCCACCAUCUGGACCCUGGCCGAUGUGGAUAAGGAUGGGAAGCUAAGAGGAGAGGAGUUUAUUCUGGCCAUGCAUCUAGUGGACAUGGCCAAGACCGCUCAACCCUUACCUCUCACACUACCCAUAGAACUAAUACCACCAUCACAGAGGGGUGCUGUGAAUGGGACCAGUUUAUCUCUCUAUGCUGGCAUCACUGAAGAACUGGAGGCUGAGCCACCACAGAAACCCAAAAGCAACUUAUCGUUUGAGGAUAAAUUCAAGGCCAACCUGGAGCGAGGGAACGCGGAGCUGGAGAAAAGACGACAGGCUCUGCAGGACACACAGAGGAGAGAGGAGGAGAGACGCCAGCAGAAGGAGAGAGAGGAGCGAGAGAGGAGAGAGCGGGAGGCCAGAGAGCAGGAGGAGAGGAGAAGGAAGGAGGAGGAGAGGAGGCUAGAGCGACAGAGGGAGCUGGAGAGACAGAAAGAGGAGGAGAGGCUGAAGGAGAUGGAGAGAAAAGAGGCGGCGCAGCGUGAGUUGGAGCGCCAGAGGAAAGAGGAGUGGGAGAGGAGGAGGAGAGGAGAGCUGCUGAGCCAGAAGAGUCAGGAGCAGGAGGACAUCGGCAGACUAAAAACCAGGAAGAGGAACCUGGAGAUGGAGCUGGAGGCUGUGGGUAACAAACACAGGCAGAUCUCUGAGCGGCUGCACGAUGCUCAGAGCAAGAGGACGAUACAGCGGAGCGAGCUAGAGCUGACCAACCAGAGACGAGACACAAGCAGACUGGACAUCAACUCCCUGCAGAGACAACUAGAGGAGUACCAGAGGAAGCUGUCCCAGCUGACUCCAGAACAGCAGAGGCUCAGUGACAAACUGAGGAACAUGGCCCUCAACAACCUACCAGUCUCCACCAUGUCCACGCUGAAGCGCAGCGCCAGUGAGAAGGACGGAGUGUGUCGCAAACUGAAGCAGCAGCUGGAUGCUCUGGAGAACGAGACGGCUGCUAAACUGGCCGACAUGGACCAGUACCAGAACGACAUACAGUAUGGGGAUGCUGAUGACUGCCUGCUUCAUGGUCUCCUCUCUCUGGUCAACUGCCUUAGUAACCUCUUCUACCUCCUUAAGGAUCUGAGAGAGAGCCAGCGGAAGCAGCAGUCGGCUCUGGAUAAACUACGGAGCAUCAAAGAGGACAAACGGAGAGAACUGGAGAGACAGAGGGCGCAGGAGGAGGAGAGGAAGAGGAGGGAGGAGGAGGAGGCCCAAAGGCGCAUUAAGCUGGAGAAGGAGCGUCAGUGGCAGAAGAAGCUGCAGAGAGAGGAGGAGGAGAGACAGAUGAGGUUGCAGGAAGAGAGGGAGGCCAAACUGAGAGAGGAGGAGGAGAAGGAGCCCCAGGCCAUGGAGCACAGGAAGUCUGCGGCGCUCACUUCCUUCCGGGCGCUCUACCCUUUCACAGCUCGCAACCAGGACGAACUCAGCUUCGAGGCCGAUGAGCUCAUCGAGGUGGAUGAGAGUACGGAGCGGGAGCAGGGUUGGCUGUAUGGCUGUCGGCAGGGGAAGAUGGGCUGGUUCCCAGAGAGCUACGUGGAGAGACAGGCCAAACCAGAGACACCUGCUGUUAUUAAUACAACUCCAGCUGCCACUACCACUGCUGUUGCUACUACUGCAGUUUAUGCUACUGUUGCUAAACAGGCCCCCAGACCACAACUCUCCACUCCCAAACACACAGGGAAACCCGGGGGAGACGCUACCAUGCCAACGGGACAGAACUCCGCCUUCACUCCUACACACGCCCCUCACCACGCCCCCUUGGAUCAGAUACAGGUGGCGGGUAGCCUGCAGGCCCAGGCUCUGUGUUCGUGGACAGCUAAGACAGAGAGCCAUCUGAACUUCAGUAAGGACGAUGUGAUCUGGGUGCUGGAGCAGCAGGACAGCUGGUGGCUGGGGGAGCUCAACGGGGCGCAAGGCUGGUUCCCCAAAACAUAUGUCACACUCCUGGGAGAGAAUGAAGACACCACCAACUCGAUAAAUUCCCCUCCGGAUGGCUCUGAAGCCACAGAUGCUGCUCAACAGGAAGAGUACGUGGCGCUGUACACCUAUGAGAGCCCAGAGCCUGGCGACCUGACAUUUAGGGAGGGUGAUGUCAUCCUGGUGACCCAGAGAGAGGGAGAGUGGUGGAGCGGAGGCAUCGGAGACCGCACCGGGGUGUUCCCUUCUAACUACGUCAAACCCAAAGACACAGACACAUCCAGCAACUCUGGAAAGUCAGGUCAGCCUGGGAAGAAACCAGAGAUAGCCCAGGUGAGCACAACGUACACGGCCACGGGGACAGAGCAGCUCAGCCUGGCGCCAGGACAGCUUAUCCUCAUCCUCAGCAAGAACCCCACCGGCUGGUGGCUCGGAGAACUGCAGGCGCGGGGAAAGAAGCGUCAGAAGGGUUGGUUUCCUGCCUCGCACGUCAAAAUGCUGGGAUCCAACAGCGGCAAGUCCACGCCAGCACCUCUACCAGUGUGUCAGGUCAUUGCCAUGUACGACUACAAGGCAGCCAACGAGGACGAAAUGAGCUUCUCCAAGGGUCAACUGAUCAGUGUGUUCGACAAGAACGACCCCGAUUGGUGGAAAGGGGAGGUCAACGGGGUCACCGGUCUGUUCCCAACUAAUUACGUCAAGAUGACCACUGCCGACACCGACCCCAGCCAGCAAUGGUGUGCUGACCUGAACAGUCUAGACUCUAUGAGUCCCCAGGAGAGGAAGAGACAGGGCUACAUCCACGAGCUCCUCCAGACAGAGGAGAGAUAUGUGGAGGACCUCCAGAUAGUCAUGGAGGUGUUCCAUAAGCCCAUGUCUGAGUCGGGCCGUCUGACAGAGGCAGAGAUGGCCAUGAUCUUUGUCAACUGGAAGGAGCUCAUCGCCUGCAACACCAAACUGCUAAAGGCUCUGCGUGUGCGUAAGAAGACAGGGGGUGAGAACAUGCCUGUCCAGGUGAUCGGGGACAUCUUGGCGUCCGAGCUGGCUCACCUCCAGCCUUACAUCCGGUUCUGCUCCUGUCAACUCAACGGAGCUGCUCUGCUACAGAGUAGGACUGACAACCAACAGGACUUUAAAGACUUCCUCAAGAAAAUCGCCACAGACUACCGCUGUAAAGGCAUGCCCUUAUCCAGCUUCCUGCUGAAGCCCAUGCAGAGGAUCACACGCUACCCUCUACACAUCAAAAAUAUCCUGGAGAGUACCCAGGAGGACCAUGCAGACCGCAGGCCUUUGAGAGAGGCUCUGGAGCGGGCUGAGGAGCUCUGUUCUCAGGUCAACGAGGGAGUCAGGGAGAAGGAGAAUUCUGACAGGCUGGAGUGGAUACAGUCACAUGUACAGUGUGAGGGAGUCACAGAGAACUUGGUGUUUAACUCUCUGACUAACUGCCUGGGGCCCCGUAAGCUGCUCCACAGUGGGAAGGUGUAUAAGAUUAAGAGCAAUAAGGAGCUGUGGGCUUUCCUCUUUAACGACUUCCUGCUGCUCACCCACGCUGCCAAACAGUUCAGCUCCUCAGGACCGGACAAGCUCUUCAGCACCAAGAACAACACACAGCUCAAGAUGUAUAAACCGCCGGUGUUCCUCAACGAGGUUCUGGUGAAGUUGCCGGACCCCUCCAGUGAAGAGCCCUUCUUCCACAUCUCCCACAUCGACCGAGUCUACAGCCUCAAAACCGAGAACAUCAACGAGAGGACGGCCUGGGUGCAGAAGAUUAAAGCUGCCUCAGAGGACUUCUUAGAGACUGAUAAGAAAAAGAGAGAGAAGGCAUACCAAGCUCGUUCCCUGAAGGCCAGUGGAAUCGGCCGGCUGUUAGUCACCAUCCUGGAGGCCACUGAACUCAAGUCCUGCAAAUCCAACGGUAAGAGUAACCCUUAUUGUGAGGUAACCAUGGGGGCUCAGAUCUACACCUCUAGGACCCUCAGUGACACGGUCAACCCCAAGUGGAACUUCAACUGUCAGUUCAACAUCAGAGAUUUGUACCAGGACGUCCUUUGCAUCACCAUCUUCGAGAGGGACCAGUUCUCCCCUGACGACUUCCUGGGUCGCACGGAGGUUCCCGUGGCGACCAUAAAGAAGGAGUUGGAGAACAAGGGUCCAGCGACACGCCGUCUGCUCCUCCACGAGGUCCCCACUGGAGAGGUGUGGGUCCGCCUCGACCUGCAGCUCUUUCAAAACAGAGCAUCCAAAUAAGGACCUCUGGGCCAACACUGGACAUCCAAAUAAAGACGUCCUGCAACUCUUCCAAACGAAGGACGCCAAAAUAAGGACAUCCUGGUCUGCCGCCACGCUGGAGGUUCUUGGUAGAAAUUGUAUGUAACUGCUGGUCCUAAUGGUUAAGUUUGGGGUUGCCGGAUCCUAGAUCUGUGGUUAAGCCAGGGCUAACUUUUACCUGGAGCUGCCAUGGGUAACACUAACCACCUGAUGAGCUAAUGGGAAUCCUCCCCUCCCUCAUCGGAGAUCAGACGUUCAGUCCUAAGCACUGAUCUGAAGACAGUUUCUAGCCUUUGAGGUUUGACUGGGGAUAGGCAGGGUUGGGUUAGUGUAAAGCUGAUCCUAGAUCUGUGUUUAGGAGCAGCUUCUAGCAGUAGUGGUUCUUCUUGAACCAGCACAAACACUUAUGGCCUAUGCACUCCUCUGCUACUGACUCUCACUCUGCCAAGUAUGCUUGUUGUAAACUCAACCCAGGCCAAUGUUUGUUGAAACUGUAUUUAUUUCAUUACAGAUAGUCUUAAAUAAAUAAGUAAAUAUUUGUUAAAGCUAAGAUGUUGUUUGGGAAAGUAAUAUGAGGUCAAAUGGAGAGCGGUUGGAAAAGUGUGGUCCUUCUUGCCACAAUAGUUUACCACUGGACAUGAGACUAAUCUCAGGAUUGAAGUCUUCUUCCUUUUGCUGCCAGUCUAUAUUACUGUAUCAAAACCUGCUUCUUUUAUUUUGUCUCAAUCCGUUCAUUUUUCUCUCUUAUUAGUAUAGUAACAUUAAAGAUACAUGUGCAGAGGA